AUGGAUGGAAUCAAAUAUGCAGUAUUUACAGACAAAGGUAUUCGGUUAUUGGGGAACAAUCAAUAUACUUCUAAUGUCGAAUCAGGAUCAACUAGGACAGAAAUAAAGCAUUGGGUCGAACUCUUCUUUGGUGUCAAGGUAAUAGCUAUGAAUAGUCAUCGACUCCCGGUAAAGGGUAGAAGAAUGGGACCUAUUAUGGGACAUACAAUGCAUUACAGACGUAUGAUCAUUACGCUUCAACCGGGUUAUUCUAUUCCACCUCUUAGAAAGAAAAGAACUUAA